AUGGCACAACACAAUGAUUCCAACACCUCUGACCCUGGUGCUCAAUCUGUGUCAGGCCCGAUGACCAAUCAAUCGAGUUUGGACAGCGCAGCCAAAGAAGCUGGGGCAGACUCAGCCUUUCCAUACGGCACACGUUCCCGUAACAGAACUGGUACUUCGCGUAUUAACUACGCCGAGGACAGGGACAUUGAUGCCGAUGUUUAUGACUACUAUCACGACAAAAAGGACAGUGAUUCCAAAAAGACUUCACGCCAGUCCAGCGCUGCUGUGAAUGGCGAUGGGCCUCGUGGCGGUGCAAGCUCGCGCAAGGCUGGCACAGAUGAGCAAAAGGCAGCGCAGGUAGCGAAUGCUCCCAAGGAGCAACGGUCGGGCAGUUCAAACAAUGUGCCCACGACAACGCAGCAGCCGGCUGCUUCACAGCCUGCACGGAAGCGCAAGGUCGCGGGUAAUCCAGCUGGUUCCACUAACCCAGCGGCAUCCGUCAAUAAUUUGACCAAAAAAGCAGCAGCAUCCGGGACGACUCCGUCUAUCGUAUGGCCAGAAUCUAAUAUGCUGACUUUUGACAACUGCAAAAGUCGCCCUGUCAAUGGUAAAAUGGUGGCCGAUGAUGGUACAUCGCUGGAGCCAAAUGAUCAUGUGUACCUUGUCUGUGAGCCACCUGGAGAACCCUAUUACCUGGGCCGCAUCAUGGAGUUCCUUCAUGUGCAGAAUGACAGCAGCAAACCCGUGGAAGCUGUUCGCAUCAACUGGUACUACAGACCCAAGGACAUUGGCCGAAAAUCUACAGACCUCCGAAUGGUUUUUGCAACGAUGCACUCCGACAUCAGCCCGUUGACGGCGCUACGCGGAAAAUGUCAGAUUCACCACAAAGCUGAGAUUGAGGAUAUGGAAUUAUAUCGAAAGGCCCAUGACAGCUUUUGGUACGACAAGCUGUACGACCGCUAUAUCCAGAAGAACUACGACUUGAUUCCGACGCGUUCUAUUGUCAACGUCCCAGCCAAUGUGAAAAAGGUUCUCGACGAGCGCUGGAAAUACGUGCUAGUCGAGCAGGGGCGUGGCAAGGAGCUCACUAGCGCCGUUAAGCUCUGCAAGAGAUGCGCCGGCUAUUGCGCAAGCUUCGAUGCCGAAGAUGAUGAUCCUAUGGAUGAAGAGGACGAGGAGAUGCAGGGGGUUGAGACUAAUCGGACCAGUCCCGAAGAAGGAGACCAUACUCACCACGAGGGCACUGCCGAGCAAAUAUACCAGGCCUCUCUUUGGCCUUACCGGUAUCUCGGAAUGCAUUGCAAGCCCGAAGACGCACUCGACUACGACGACAGAAUUUAUCCCCGCGCAAGUACGAGAAUUGGACCCAGAAAUCAAGCAAAUGUUUCCCCGUGGCCUGGAAAGCCGGUCGAGUACGUCAAGCCACUUGAGAUCAAGAAAAACGGCAAGAAAGACACCAAAUCCAAGGAAGCAUUGGCUGCUAUUGAAGCCGAUAAGAUCUCACGUGGGAAGCGACCGAAGUGGGUUCAAGACAUGCCCCCCGGCUACACAGCUCGGGGAGAAGAUUUUGACAACGACGACCCCAAGUGUACCGCAACUCGCUUGUGGAUUCCUCCCCCAGAUAAAGUGAUUAAAGAGAAGGACAUUAACGAGUACAUGGAAAAGGCCAAGGGAAUGACAAAAGAUCUCGGAUUGCCUGAACGUUCGACCAACCUGCAAGACGUAGCUGCCAACAAAUUGUUCCUUGCAGAAUUCGACACGCAACAUGCCCUCAAGGAUCUUUCCGAGACCAAGAAGGAGGCAUUCAAAGAGCCAGAACUGACACCAGCAGAGCAAAAGAAAUUUGAGGAAGCAGUGAUAAAAUACGGCUCUGAACUUUAUCUUGUGAGAAAGCACGUCAAAACUAUGCACUAUGGCAUGGUAACUCGUUACUACUACGCCUGGAAGAAGUCGGCACGUGGGAAGCAGGUCUUGGAGAACCAGGCUGGUCGCAAAGGGAAAAAGGAGGCCAAAAGAGCAGAAGCGGCUGCCAGUAAGCUGGCAGAUGAUGUUGCGGAUAACGAUGACGAUUCUGCGUUUGAUAUUGAGAAAGCAAAUCAGAAAAAGCAAGGAUUUAUGUGUCAAUUCUGCUCCACGACUUUCUCGCGACAAUGGAGGCGCGCUCCGAACCCCGUUCCCGGGAUCGUCAACGAUGGGGGCUCGAAGAGCUCGAGUAAGGAAAAGGGCCAAGACCGUGUGGUGGCUUUGUGCCGUCGCUGCGCUGAGCUAUGGCGCAGAUAUGCUAUUCGAUAUGAAGAUGUGGACGAGGUUUCCAAGAAGGUCAACCAGGGCAGCGGCCGAAGCUGGAAACGGAAGCAAGACGAAGACCUUCUCAGGGAGUUGCAAGUCGCGAAGGAAAUGGGCAUGAUGACGCCGGAACGGGCACCGACCCCUUCAGCGGCCCCAGCUGUUGCCACCGUGCAAGAACCGCCACGGAAGAAGCUCAAAGGCGCAGCUUCUGACAAGGAUGUGGACAAUGGUCACUCGGAUGCAGCUAGUGCAACCGGCUCUACCACUUCAAAGAAGAAGGACAAGAGUGUGGAAAACCUUACAGUCCCCGAUAUUCCGAAACCUCUGGUGCUGCCUUGUGCAGUCUGUGGGCAACUGGAGCCUCAAGGGGAGCAGCACUUGUCGUGCCGCGAAUGCCGCCUGACGGUACACCGCAACUGCUAUGGUAUCAUGGAUAAUCGAAACCCCGGGAAAUGGACUUGCGAUAUGUGUGCGAACGAUAAAAACCCACAAGUCUCAAUCCAUUAUAAGUGUGUUCUUUGUCCCAUUGAGUACACAGAACAUGAUUUUGUGGAACAGCCGAAAGUAACACAUCACAAAAAGAAGAUGUCGGAGAAGGAUCGUGAGCGAGAACGCCUGGAGGUUCAGCAAGCUCGGAAAGCUGCGGACUUUUACCGCAAGAAGCAGGAAGAGAUGAAUCGCCCCGUCAACCCCCGGGAACCACUCAAGAGGACCGCGGACAACAAUUGGGUCCAUGUUACCUGCGCUGUCUGGACCCCAGAAGUCAAGUUUGGUAACGCCAAAGCACUGGAACCUUCAGAAGGUAUUCCUUCGAUUCCCAGGAGCAGAUAUGAUGAGACUUGUCAAGUGUGCAACAAACAGGAUGGAGCCUGUGUGUCGUGCCAUCAGUGUCGCAUUCCAUUCCACGCGGAAUGCGCUCGGCAACAUGGACAUGUUCUUGGAUUUGAGGUGACAUCUGUGAAAAGUUCGCGAAGAGACCAGUUUAGCAUCGUGGCCAUCAAUGGGGAGAGUGGCAUCAUGUCGGCAACUGUAUGGUGUAAGGAUCACGCCCCCACGAAGACUACGAUUCAUCAGAUGCACGAUAUUGUGGAUGAAUCGGGACUUAAUGCUUUACAGCUCUAUGUACAGAACUACAAGCAGGCCGACCUGGCACUGACAGGCACAGUCCGCAAGGCCAAUCUCAUGACAAACGCCGCCAAGUUGUCAGGUACAACGACUCAGCUUGGCCUACGCAGGUCCUCGACAACAAAUAUUCCGAAUGGCGGGUGGGGCCAGCAGCGAAAUGGGGAUACGUCAGACGUGGCAUCAGACUCAAAACAACCAGGAGAAAAGGUCUGCAUCACCUGUGGUAUUGACACCAGCCCGAAGUGGUGGCCGAUCGAUAAUUCGCAGGAACGCGAACUAACCAAUGGGCAUUACGGCACACUCGGGAGCGAAGCACAGAAAUUCGUGGAACAGAGACGAUUCCAAUGCCAUAAAUGUCGAAAGGCCCAGCGUACAGCAAAGCCUCACCCGCGGGGGUCUCCUCUCAUGGCAGACGCUCCAUUACCUUCGGCUCACAGCGCAGGCAUACAAGGUACGACAACACAUGCUUUGCGCAGUCCGCCACAGAUGGUGCCUGCCCCUCGGGAGACCAAUUCUUCUACUGCUUAUGCCUGGCCUCCACCAGUUCAUGCUCCGACAGGUCCUCCACCACCAAUGCAAGCGCCUGCCCUCGUCGCAGAUCAUGCCCUGGGCGCCCGGCCUCCCCCCCCUGCCCCAUAC